CUUAGCAACUAAACCAAGCUCCCCUUAGCAACGAAGUCGAAAGUCUCGUCAGGCGGCGGACAUAAAACUUAUGUUUGCUGUUAAGCUGUUGAAAUAUUCUCGUGAAACAUGUAAGAUAAACCGAAGAAAAAAAUGCUCUAAAUCGACAAGUAUUUCACUAGGAAUUUUUAUUCAGCUUCUCUCAACAGCAUGUAUGACAAAUCAGCUCGUGACUACAGCAUUGUUAUUGGUAGCACUCCAAGCCAUGUCGGACCAGGUACCUAUGAAGUUAAACAGCGUAGGUUCACUCAAAAACCAGAAAAUUAUGCACCAUUUAUGUCCCUGGCUGCUCGCAAGAGUCUCUUAAACAACGAACUGCUCUUCUCUGCCCCAGGGCCUGGAUAUUAUGAUGUUGGCUUCAAGGAGGCAUGUAAGGGAGGUGGAUCACCUCAGUUCAAGGCAGAAAGAUUCCGGUACCAAUACUCAAAGACUCCUGGUCCUGGCACUUAUAACGUUAAAAAGAGCAAUGAGAUACAGAGCAUUCGAAGGGCCGACACUGAAUUGAUGAGACCAGUUUUUAAGCUCAUCAACAGCAAACUGAAAUUUUACCAUAAAGCGGAAGCGCCAUCCAUACCAUUCCCUGGGUUGGCCUAUGGUUACGAAGAAACAGAAGAUGGUGCAUUGAAGAAGCAGGAUCCUCCAAAGAGAGACACCACUCUGGGACCAGCUUUCUAUAACCCAUACCGUUUCUUUGACAACUCCUAUAAGGGAUGCCAUUUUGGUAACUACACGAGCAGCAGAGGAUUUUACAGCAUCAGCAAAGUCCCUGGUCCCGGGGAGUACAACAUUACAUGCGCAGCCCCAAAGAAGGUUGAGAACAUCAACACCAAGCAGCCUGGCACGGUCAAAUAUGAAGCGCAGAUCCCACGGUACCUGGACGCCAUUGUCAAGAAGGAGAAGAAAAUGAGUACCCCAGGACCAGCUGAGUACAUCAUGAAAAGCCAGUUUGAUUCAGCCGUGAAACAGGACUCACCGAUUACAGAACAUCCACCAUUCUAUAGUCAAGCAAAGCGCUUCACUAAACUCGUGAACACAAAUCCUGCUCCAGGAUUAUACAACGAUCCCAGAUGUGCACUUGAAAGGAUCAAAAAGACCACUGGCAUAAAAAUGAGCCCAUUUGGUCAAACCUCUGUUCGGUUCCAGAAUGACAUAGAAGCUAAACUAUUACCUGGUCCUGGUGCAUACAACAUAGACAGCUUUGGAUCAGAAAUUGUGAAAAAAGCAUAUUUGGAGAGUACAAGGCAUGGCAUAUUUGGUUCAUCAGCGCCACGAACCAUGACUGUCAUCAACAAAGACAUGGAACAGAACCCUGGACCAUCACAUUACAAUGUGAAAGAGAAACCGUUUGCUGCCAUUAGCGCAAAACCAUCCUCAUUCUUUGCCUCCACUACAAAACGUGAUGACAAGACGACGCCCAACGUGGAUGUCCCAGGCCCUGAUUCCUAUGAUGUAUGCAAUGCAUUUGAAAAAUCUCAAAUUCACCCAGCGAGGUCGAAACCCAGAAGCUCACAGAGUGGGUUUCUGUCAGGAUCAGCACGUUUUCGUAAUGGGCAAGAUUUUCAGAGUCUAGCAGAGAAGAAAAGGGUACCCGGCCCUGGAAGCUAUGACAUCAAGUCAAACAUAAGUCUAUCCCAGAAGCAAUCUUUGGCAAAGUCUGAACGUUUCCAGCCUGUAAGCAUUAAUGAUGUACCUGGCCCAGGUGCAUAUGAGGAAAUUGUUCUUGUUUUACCAUAUAUCCACCUCUAA